AUGGCUGUUUUACAAAGCUCCAAGCGUUCUUUGUGGAUUGGCUCUGUAUUCGGCUUCAGUACUUUCAUCCUGUGCUCUUAUUUUAUUCUCUCAUCAUACCGUCCACAGAUCAAACCCCUACGAACGCAGACAACAGAUGUGUUCAAGACAAACUGUCAUAAGAAGAUCAACAAUACAAACUCAAAUGACGCAGCCCUUCCGUCAUUGCUUGCAGAAUUAUGGAAACCUUUGAUACAUCCUAUCGAGGAGCGAGUAUUUGUCACUGACAAAGGAGACCGUUUCGAGAUACCAGAGAACCAGAUGCGAUGGAAGAAACCGCUUGGCAAAAGAGUCGUCCUCAUCGAUACGGAUACACGCCUCGAUGCAAAGAACAAGAAUACCAUGUUGAAUGACUGCCCUUUGCAUUAUCCAUCUCUUCCUGGUCGAACAGCAGGUCAUCUCAAUCACUACAUAUAUGCUAUGAUCCAUGGAUAUGAUUACCGCCUAGUACGAGCAGCAGAUUAUCCCGACCGUCAUGGUACCUGGGUUAAGCCAGCUGUCGCUAAAGAAGCACUCAAGACUCAUGACAUCGUCGUCUCUCUCGAUUCCGACGCAGUCUUUACCCACCUCGACUUGCCACUCGAAUGGCUGAUGAACCUUUGGGGCUUUACAGGGGAAUCCCUUGUCGCCAUGGCCUACGAUCUCGACUGGGAAGGGGACUACGACCCCCAAGGGAACCUCAUUCUGAACACCGGCUUCGUUAUUUCGCAAGCUAGCCAGCGAACACAGGACAUGUACGAAAGAUGGGAAGACUGUCCACGAAGUAUUCCAGGCUGUGAACAUUGGAACUUCAAGUGGGCUCAUGAACAAAGUGCCUUUUCCUACUACAUCCGCUACGAGUUUAACAGGACACAUGAUGUUGUCAACAUACCAUGUAAUCAUGCCAAUGGGAAUGAGUUUUCCGCCAACGGACAAUGCGAGUGUCAGGGUGUCUUUGUUAGCCAUAACUGGAAGAGCAAGGACAAAACACCCGAGCUAUUGAGCAGAAGCAUAAUGACAUCUUUGGCUCGUCGAUUGCAAGGCCAAUUUCAGGCCACUGUGCAUGACCUGUAUAGAGAUGUUUCCAAUCAGACUUAUCCUUUGAGAGAGAUUGAGAUAUAG